GAGCGUCGCCAGAUGAUUGGCGACUUCAAUGAAACCCUCGAGGAAUGCCAAAUUCUCCUCGACAAAAACAAGAAGCUGCUUUCCAAGCCUAACACCUUCUUGGACAAUGUUGUAUGGAACUUGAACCAGCAAGAUCAGAAAAUCGACGAUCUGCGACGACGGAUCCACUUGCACUCCACCAAAAUCAAACUGGUGAUUGACCGAUUGAGCAUCAACUUGCUGACAGAUAUUGACUCCAAGGUGGACGACUUGCUUGACAUCUCCGAGAGAAACAUCAGCCUCAGCAAAGACAUUCAGAUUGAAUUGCGAAGAUUUUAUACUUCAUGGCUCGGCCAAAAAUUUGAAAGGACUCUCAGUGUAAAUGCUCCCUCUUCCAUGACUACGGCCGAUAUUCCACUCAAGGAAGGGUUUGAUGUGAUGCUCGUGCAUUUCGAACAGAGCUUUGAGGGGACCGAUCAAACGCCGGAGAAAUAUCUAAUCCUUCUGAAAACCCGUUGGAUGUUAAGUCGGAUUCGGAGUAGCCGUGGCUUUCAAACGGCAUGUCCUGGCUAUUACUAUAAACGGGCAAUCAGUCAGGUCGAACAAGCAGUCUUUCUUCGUGUGAGAGGAACAGAGAUCAUUGCUUAUGAUGACGAGACCUUGGCUGCUCUGCCAGAAAACGCCUUCAUGGUCUGGGAGCCUCCGAAGCAAGAAGAUGCCCCCCAACUGGAUCCAACGAUAGCAAGGGCAAAUGAGCAAGAAAUCAUCCGACUUCAGCUGGCCUCGGCCGGGAGUCAGCCUCCAGACAAUGUGACAGUGUUUCGGCAAUCGCUCAACAGCUUUCGAAUUGUUCUAGAAACCACAACCCCCGACGGACGGAGUGUCAUUCUCCCCCAAACUGUAUACACCCACGAGGACAGGCUCGUUCCUCGAUAUGCGCUACCAACAAUGAGAAGAGAAUGCCUCGAGAUUGCGAUUUUCUCACGAAAUGAAGAGACGUUAUAUCGUUUCAACUCAAUGGAUGAUCUUUUUGCUUUCCAGACUGCCCUGACUGGGUACGAUGUGUCUCACAACCAGACAAGAAUCACGUGUCAAUUCAGCAAAGGCUCGGCCUCAGCAUUAGAUUGCAUGGGCCAAAUCCAGCUAUGGCAGGAUCCUAUUACAGUCUCAAUGCUUCCGGAGGUAUUAUCAGAAGGCUCCCCAGUGGAUUCCUUCAGCACCCACAGCCCGCGGUCACGCAACAGCAGUUUUGUCGAGUCGAUCGGGCCCACGACGACAAUCAGCCGCGUCGGAAAUGGUUGGGAGGCUGACAACAUCAAAUGUUCCGGGCUUGCGAUCUUCACGCAAUUGAAAGACAAAUCCGACAAGUUGAGGUUUGCCAUCAUGUUUCUCGAACUCGAAACGAGCAUCAACAUGGAUCCGAAGAAGUGCAACUGCCACCGCGACUACAAUAAAUGUCCCUACCUAUGUCUCACGCACAACAACGGCGACAAGUUCCCCAUUCACGUCCUCUUCACCGCUCUGGACGGCCACGACGACAGCCCCGACCCGAACUCCUUCGACCUUUUCCCGUUCCGCAUCCCGCGAAACUCCCAAUUCAAAGAACUUACAGUCAAGGAAACUACCUACCUCCUUCUCAAAUUCAGCACGCUCGCGGAAAAGGAAAAAUUCCACCGCGAACUCUUACUCCGCUUCCGCAUCCGUUCGAAGCAAUUGUCCGACCAGCUCGAAAUGAUGAAGGGGUUCCGGCACCGGGAGAACAAGCCUCUGCGGACGACGACUCAGACUGCAAACGCGAGCUUCUCGCAAGCUCCUCGCCGAUCUGUCACGACAGGUGGUGGCUCCUUUAGCCACAGUAGCUCACCGCCACAGAUAGAAAGGCUCAACAUUGAAACGGGCUUCGCGGAGAGUUGGAAUCUCCCCAUUGGCCAAGGCAACGGCAACGGCAACGGCAACGGCAAC